AUGAAACGAAUUCUUCUAUGUGAUUCAGAUUUAUUGACAAAAUUAUCAGAUGAAGUUCCAUCAAACAAAAUGAGACAGUCAUUGGUACAAGGAUUAAUCAAGGGUUACAAAUUAGACGAAUUAUGUGAAAUUAUAGACGUAGAGCCAAUUGAGUAUAAACGAUUAACUUUAUAUCAUGAUAUGGAUUUCAUCAAACAAUUAAUUUUGGAUCGAAAAGAGAUUGACCAACAAUCAGAAAAUCACGAAGUGAUAAGUAAUAAGAUUUCUGAAGUAUUUGACUUAAUUGAAGAUCUAGUGGAUGACGAAGUUGAUGCUAAAGAUGAUGAAUUGUAUGGAUUAUCUCAUGAUUGUUACCCAUUCCCCUUUAUGAAAUACUAUAUAAAUUUGACAGCUGCUUCCACAAUUCAAUUAUCCGAGAGAAUGUGUGAAUACAUCAAAUCGCAGCACCAGCAACAAUUUCAAAGUAAAAUUAUAGGUCUAAAUUUUUACGGUGGUCGACAUCAUGGUUCAAAAUCAAAAGCAUCAGGAUUUUGUUAUAUAAAUGAUAUAAAUUUAGGUAUUUCAACAAUUCGUAAAAAUUUACCAAAUUCAAACAUAUUUUAUUUAGAUUUGGAUUUACAUUAUGGUAAUGGUGUUGCAGAAGCUUUUAAAUUUUCACAGAAAGUUACUACUUGUUCUGUUCAUAGAUUUGAUGUUGGAUUUUUUCCAAAUGCUGGCUCAUUCGAAGAAUCAAGAACUGGAGCAUAUAAUAUUUCUACAAAGCGAGGCUUAAAUGAUGAAAGUUUAAAAUGGAUCCUAGAAGAAGUUGUUUUGAAUUUGAUUAAAAAGCAUAAACCCAAUUUUUUAAUUAUUCAAGUCGGCUGUGAUGGUCUAGCAACUGACGUUCAUAAACAAUGGAAUUUGACUAUUAAAGGAUUUAAUAAAGUGAUCCAAAAUUUAAUUAAUGAUAUUGACAGAAGCAUACCUAUAAUGAUUUUAGGUGGCGGAGGUUAUAAUAAUGCAGAAACAGCCAAAUGUUGGACUCAUCUUACUAAUUUUUUACUUGAUAGCAACUUCCCUAAAGAUAUUAAUGAUUUUCAAAAUGAAAUACCAGAACAUUCAUUGUUAGAUUAUUAUGAAAACGAUGGCUACAAAUUUUGGACAGAAACAAAUUCCAAUCCUAGUAAAAUGCAUAAUGAAAAUACCAUAGAAUCUUUACAAGAAAUAAAAGAAUAUUUAUUGUCAUUAUAA